GGACUGGGACAUUUCUGGAGAUCAUUCUUCAGAUGGUUUCUGCUAAAUGUUGUCCACCCACCACACUGACCACAGCAGAAGCACUGCAGAUGCUGUAAUAAACUGAUGGGCUUUGCUACCAAAGAAUAAAAAGAAUUUGCCACAUACAGCAGGACCUCAUACACGAUGAUGAACUGGAUUAUUUUGCUUGGGAUGUUUUUCUGCCUGGAACUCUCUCACUGUGACAGAGACGCGAGUUAUUUCAGUCCCCGGAGCUGCAAAGAACUCAUGGAAAAAUAUAAAACCAAUGAAGACGGCCUGUACUACCUGACUACUGCAAGUGGGGUGGCCUACCAGACCUACUGUGAUAUGACCACUGAUGGAGGCGGCUGGACGCUGGUGGCCAGUGUGCACGAGAACAACAUGUAUGGGAAGUGCACUGUAGGUGACCGCUGGUCCAGCCAGCAAGGCAGUAACAUUAAUAACCCUGAAGGAGACGGAAACUGGGCUAAUCGGGUUACAUUUGGAACUGCAGAAGCUGCCACCAGUGACGACUACAAGAAUCCUGGGUAUUAUGACAUCGAAGCUCAGGACGUGUCUGUAUGGCAUGUUCCCAAUAAUGCCGAGACGCAGCAAUGGAGAUCCAAUUCCAUCUUACGCUACCACACCGACAAUCACUUCCUCCAGGCCAAUGGAGGAAACCUCUAUAACUUAUUUAAGAAAUAUCCAGUGAAGUAUGGAAUUGGAGUUUGCCGUACUAAUAACGGACCUACUGCCCCGGUGGUGUACGAUUUCGGAAAUAAAGAUAUUACCAAGAACCUUUAUGGUCCGAAUCCGAGGGGAGAGUCAGAGCCUGGAUUCAUCGCUUUCCGAGUGUUUAACAACGAGAAGGCAGCCAUGGCCAUCUGCUCUGGAGUCAGACCAACGGGCUGCAAUACAGAACAUUACUGUAUCGGGGGAGGAGGGCAUUUCCCGGAAGCGGCACCUAAACAGUGUGGAGAUUUUGCCGGUUUUGACUGGAACGGCUACGGGACAAAUGCAGAUUGGAGUGCCUCCAAAACGAUCACUGAGGCUGCUGUGUUUCUAUUUUACCGCUGAAAUUCAGAGCACACACUCACCUCUAUCACUGUUUAUCUUUCUUUAUAAUUCAUUUAACCGAAUAUACAGUAAGAUCAUUUCUAAAUAAGAAACAGUAACUCUUACACUGAUUAUACCGACAAUCCUCUCCAAAAGUAUUGGAACAGUGAGGACAAUCUCUUUAAUUAUACUGUAGACCGACAACAUUUGGGUUUUCAUGAUAAAACAAUGAAUAUGAGAUUAAAAAGUAUUAGAACACUUUCAGCUGGUUAAUGUUUUGGGGGGUAAAAUGCAUGCUUUAUAGGGUUUAAGUCUGGAGAUGGACUAGGCCAGUCUAAAACCGUCCACUUCCACUUACUUAGUACACCAGUGACGACUUUCUUCUUUCUUCAGAACAUUCCAAACGAUUGUACUGACUAUGGACAAUAUUUGUGCAAUGUCUCCGAUUGCUUUUUAGAAUUAAUACUCUACAGGUUCUUUAACCGUUGACAGUUCUCUGUUUUUUUUUAUGUUGGUUGCUGUCUUUUAUAAAUACCUGUUAAUAAACAAAAAACAAACAAAAAAA